AUGUUGCUUACUGUAGGAGUUAUGCUGAUGUUCAGCUUAUCAAUAAUUCACUUAGCCAAUGCCCAGAUAUGUCCUGACAAGUGUGAUUGUGUUAAUACCGAAGUUAAUUGCCGAUACAAUGGUUUAACGAAAAUACCAGAUAAUAUUCCUUCUGAUACAACGAUUUUAAACCUAUACGGUAAUAGUAUUACCUCAAUAGAAUCAAAUUCGUUUGUUGGAUUAACAUUGCUACAGCAGUUAAAUCUAGGCGGCAAUAGCAUUACCUCAAUAGGAUCAAAUGAGUUUGUUGAAUUAACAUCGCUACAGAUUUUAAACCUAUACGGCAAUAGUAUUACCUCAUUAGAAUCAAAUUCGUUUGUUGGAUUAACAUCGCUACAGGGGUUAAAUCUAGGCGGCAACGACAUUACCUCAAUAGGAUCAAAUGGGUUUGUUGGAUUAACAUCGCUACAGAUAUUAUAUCUAGGCGGCAAUAGCAUUACCUCCAUAGGAUCAAAUUUGUUUGUUGGAUUAACAUCGCUACAAAGAUUAUAUCUUUCCGAUAAUGAAAUUGUUUCAAUAGAAGAACAUGCCUUUAAAGGACUAUCAUCGCUACAGCUUUUAUAUAUAUAUAACAAUGACAUUUCCUCCAUAGAAGCAAAUGCGUUUGAUGGAUUAACAUCGCUACAGGAUUUGUAA